ACAAAAUUUGAGGUUCAAGUAGAUUUUUUUUUUUUUUAUAGCGAUUCGAUUCCAUCUAAUUUACCUGCCACCAACAAAGACGCUCUUAUGGUCGUUGAGUCAUUUCCUAGUCAUCAAGCUAUGGCUAUCCCCUAAUAAAUUAACCUUCCCACUCAGCUUUCCCUUGAAACUACCACAUUUCUAUCAGGUUCUCAUAAAUUAAGACUAAAGACACAAUAUCACAUAGAGAGCAAGAGAGAGAGCAAUAGGGAGAUGGACUCUUGCUCGGGAAGCAGAAUAUUCGAUCUAAUUGUGGUUGGCGGAGGUGUCAUGGGCAGCUCAACUGCGUACCAGUCCGCAAAGCGUGGCUACAGGACUCUCCUCCUCGAGCAGUUUGAUUUCUUGCACCACAGAGGAUCCUCUCAUGGUGAAUCUCGGACGAUCCGUGCAACCUAUCCGGAGCACUACUACUCCAAGAUGGUCAUGGAGGCGUGGAGACUUUGGGAGGAGGCUGAGUCCGAUGCCGGGUUCAGAGUCUACACCAAGACCAGCCAGCUCGAUGUUGGGCCUGCGGACAACAAGAGCCUCAAGGCUGUCGCAUCGAGCUGCCAGAAAAACUCCCUGCCGCAUCUGAUCCUCAACCAUGAACAACUUGCCCUGAAAUUCUCCAGCAGGGUGAGCAUACCAGAGAACUGGGUCGCCGUGAGCACGGAGCUCGGCGGUGUGAUCAGGCCCACGAAGGCCGUUUCCAUGUUCCAGACGCUAGCGUUUCAAAAGGGCGCCCUCUUGAGGGACAACGUAGAAGUUAUCGAUAUUAGAAGAGAUGAAGUGAGGGGAGGAGUUAGGGUGUAUACUUCCAAUGGAGAGGAGUUCCUAGGGAGAAAAUGUGUGGUUACUGCUGGGGCUUGGGCUAAAAAGUUGGUUCAGAAAGUUUGUGGCCUUGAGCUGCCCAUUCAAGCAGUGGAGACACCAGUUUCCUAUUGGAGGAUCAAACCGGGACAUGAAGAGAAAUACUCGAUCGGAGGAGUUGAUAGUUUCCCGACCUUCGCAAGCUAUGGCAAUCCUUAUAUUUAUGGAACCCCCUGCUUGGAAUUUCCUGGGCUAAUCAAGAUCGCCAUUCAUGGAGGGUGCCCAUGUGACCCUGAUAACAGGCCCUGGCGACAGGGGUUCCAGUUGGAUGCUCUAAAGGAGUGGAUCGACAAGAGAUUUCAGGGUAUAGUGGAUUCAUCUGGGUCCGUAUUGAACCAAUCAUGCAUGUACUCGAUGACCCCGGAUGAGGAUUUUGUGAUUGACUUCUUGGGCAGGGAGUUCGGACAGGAUGUUGUUGUAGGAGGUGGGUUUUCUGGUCACGGGUUUAAGAUGGCGCCGAUCGUGGGGAGGAUGUUGGUCGAUCUUGCAUUCACAGGGAAGACGGAAGGAGUGGAGUUGAAGUACUUUAAGAUAGGAAGGUUCCAGGAGAACCCAAAAGGCAAUGCGAAGGACUACGAAGAUCAAGUCAGCUUUUCCUUGAAUCCAGAUGGUCAACUCGGUUGUAUGGAAUGACAAAUGAAUCUUAUGGAAUAAAAAUCAUAUAGAAAUCUCAGGGAAUUCUGGACUCAUUUUGUCCCAGUUGAACCGCAGAGGUUUGGGGGGAUUGAAUGCAAAAACAUUAGUUGAAUCUGUAAUUUGUUUUGCCCUAAGUCAUGGUUUGAUACAAAUGGAAUAAUUUAGGUUGUAAUUGGAUAACUGAUGUAUUCUGGUGUUUAAUUUCUUCGUGAUGUUAUUGCGUUCUGUCUCUUGGCCACUGCAGAAA